UGUAAACGUGUGGUGUUCUUUACGUCAUUUUUCCCCCGGAGUGAAAACGAAAACCUACUUGAGCAAGGUUGUUCAAUCUUAAAAGAUGCCACAGUUUGAUAACUUUGAUCACAUGUAAUAUACAAGUUGAGAGUAAUCGUCACCAAUAUUGACGAUGAAGAAGAGGCUUAGUAUCCUCUUUUUGAUGGUCACUUGGUGCCUUUUGGCCGAGGCUAAUAAGUCAUGUCAAAAUGCAACCACGAGUACCUCUCGUAACCUGUAUUUCAGUAAGCUGAUUUUACGCGGAUAUGGGUACCGCAACGUGACGGGCAAAUCGUAUAUAUUUUGCGGCAAUCUGUGUCUGUCUGACACCCGUUGUUUGUCCAUCAACUACUGGGAGCGAGAGAAGCUGUGUGAGCUGAACGGGGCAUCAGCGUCGCAGGUCCCGCAAGCCUUGGCUGAGAGUAGCGGCAGCUACUAUUAUGGGCCGGAAGAGAAUUUCUUCACCAAUCUAACUCAACAAAGCUCGUGUCAAGACACUAUUAGUAGUGACUACGCAAUCGUCUUCACACCGGAGGAGUAUCCCAGCGCCGACCUGACACAGGCCAGAGAGCGUUGUGCACAGUGUGAUAUGCAACUGUGUUCAUUGGCUCAGUUGAAAGCUGCCUACGAUGCCGGUUACCGUCUUAAUGGAUGGGGCAUGUACGACACGCCAGGACGAGACGUGACGGUGACGUCAUGCGGUCGCUACUUCGGUACUGCGGGGGAGUGCUACUUUACCGAAGAAGGUCAAGAGAAAAGCUCAAUCCCAAAUACACCCAGAGUGGCUACUACCGAGUCGGUGUACUGCUGUGAUGCAUGA